AUGGCCGAUGCAAUCUCGUUUGGUGUUGUGCUGAAGAUCAUUGAAAAAUUGGGCUCUACGACUUUCGAUGAGAUUGGAUCAAUUUGCGGUGUCAAAGAUGAGUUCCAAAAGUUGAAGAACACUGUUUCCACCAUUCAAGCUGUGCUUCAGGAUGCAGAGGAGCAGCAGGACAAGAACCAUCAAGUCAGGGACUGGCUCAUGAAUCUCAGAGACGCAAUAUAUGAUGCUGAUGACUUGUUGAGUGAUUUCUCCACUGAAGAUUUGCGGCGAAGGGUGAUGGGUGGUGAUAAAAUGGCAAAGAAGGUACGUACUUUCUUUUCGAGUUCAAACCAACUUUCUUUUCGUCUUACUAUGGCUCACAAAAUAAAAGCAAUGAGGGAGAGACUUAAUGCAAUAGCAAAUGAUAGGAACAAUUUCCAACUGGUAGAACAGCCUUUACAGAGAAGGGUUGAAACUAGGGAAAGGGACCAAACUCACUCAUUUAUAGGUGAAGAGAAAGUUAUUGGGAGAGAAGAGGAUAAGAAGAACAUCAUAGAUCUAUUAUUGAACUUUGAUGUGGAAGAAAAUGUCUCAUUCAUAUCCAUAGUUGGGAUCGGUGGGUUAGGAAAAACUACACUUUCUCAAUAUGUAUGUAAUGAUGAGAAGGUGAAGACUUAUUUUGAGUUAAAGAUGUGGGUGUGUGUCUCUGAUCUCUUUGAAGUGAAAACAAUUGCUGAAAAGAUACUUGGAUCUGCAACUAGUACAAAACUUGAAAACCUUGAUAUGGAUCAACUGCAAAAUAAACUUCGCACAGAACUCAACCAAAAGAAGUACUUACUUGUGUUGGAUGAUGUGUGGAAUGAGGAUAAUGAGAAAUGGUGUAAUUUGAAGAGACUUUUGACGGGUGGUUUAAAGGGAAAUAAGUUGGCAUAUCUAAAGUAUCUUGAUCUUUCUGAGAAUGACAUUGAAGUUCUUCCUAGUUCUAUUAUUAGAUUGCUGAAUUUGGAAACAAUAAAGCUUUCUAAAUGUGGGAAGCUUAAAGAAUUACCGAGUAGCAUUCAAAAGUUGGUUAACCUCAAGCAUCUUGAUAUAUAUGGUUGUGACAGUUUGACUCAUAUGCCAAGAGGAUUAGGGGAGUUGACUUCUCUACAGACAUUACGGCUAUUCAUUGUGAGUAAGGACACUGAAGGGUCGUCCUCCAAGCAUUGCAAUGGACUGAAAGACAAGCACCAUCUUAGAAAUUUGAAAUUAAGUUGGAAUUGGGAUGAUAAUAAUGAAGCUCAUGUCCGUGAUGCUGAAAUCUUGUUGGAUGGUCUCCUACCACACCAUACUUUAAAAUAUUUGGAUGUGGAAGGGUACCAGGGUAUAAGAUUUUCGAGUUGGCUUCCUUUGCUAACAAGCCUUGUUCAUUUGAGAAUAUGGAAGUCUGAUUGCCUAUAUCUACCGCCAUUGUAUCAACUCCCCAAUCUCCAAUAUCUAUAUCUUCAAAGUUUGGCUAGUUUGGAAUACAUAUCAGAUCAGGAAAUCAUUGAUGAGGUAUUUCCUCCAUUGGCAUCAUCGUCAACAACAUUUUUCCCAUCCUUAAAGUCACUCCAACUUUUGGAUUGCCCUAAUCUAAAGGGAUGGUGGAGAAGGGAUAUUGUAAAAGACAAUAGUGAUAAUUAUAACGAGGAUGUGCCAACAAUGACAUCAACAUUGAGUCAUCAAUCUCAGCAUCAUAUAUCAUUGCCUUACUUUCCUUGUCUUUCUUACCUGGAAAUCUUGAAUUGUAGUAAGCUGAUUUACAUGCCAUUGUUUCCAUAUCUUGAAAAAGGGUUACUACUAAACAAUGCCAACUUGAAGCCAUUGCAACAGGCAAUGGAAAUGAUGAUGGUCCCUUCCUCCUCGUCCUCUUGCCCACCUUUCUCCAAAUUAAAGCAUUUGUCUUUGUCUCAGAUGCAGGAUAUAGAAUCUUUGCCAGAGUAUUUGUUACAAAACUUGACUUCCCUCGAGUGUCUAGAGAUUUGGGGGUGCCCUAGACUGAAAUCUCUUUCUCAAUUUAUGCAAAUUUUGACCUCUCUUAAGAAGCUGCAAAUUGGUGAUUGCAAGGAGAUUGAUCUAUUUAAUGACAAGAGUGAUGAUGCCACUCAAUGUGUUACAACUCUGCAAGUGCUUGAGAUUUCAAAUGUUCCUCGCUUGAUUAAUUUACCAGAAUGGAUCAAAAACCUCACAUCACUUCGGAGGCUCAAAAUUGACGAAUGCCCCAAUCUGACAUCAAUUCCAAAAGGGUUCAGCAGCCUCACAUCACUUCAAAACCUUCAAAUUUGGAGAUGCCCCAAUCUGUCAUCACUUCCUGAAGGGAUCAACAGCCUCACUUCACUUCAAAACCUUCAAAUUUGGAGAUGCACCAAUUUGACAUCACUUCCUGAAGGAAUCAGCAACCUCACUGCACUUCAAAGGCUUCAAAUUCAUGGAUGUCCUAAUAUGAUAUCACUUCCAGAAGGGAUAAGCAAACUUAUAUCAAUUCAAAAGCUUCAAAUUCACAGUUGUCCUAAAUUGAUAUCACUUCCUAAAGGGAUUGGUAAUCUCAUAUCACUUCAAUGGCUUGAAAUUUAUGGAUGCCCCAAUCUGACAUCUCCUCUCGAAGGGAUCGGCAACCUCACAUCACUUCAGACUCUUGAAAUUGAUGGAUUGCCUAAUCUGACAUUGCUUCCUGAAGGGAUCAAAAACCUCACAUCCCUUCAGAGGCUUAAAAUUGAUGAAUGCCCCAAUUUGACAUCACUUACAGAAGGGAUCAGUAAUCUCACAUCACUUCAAAACCUUGCAAUUCGCAAUUGCCUCAAUCUAACAUCACUUCCAGAGGGAAUGUGUUGUCUCACCUCUUUACAAAGCUUGAUGAUUAGCAAAUGUCCCCACUUGGAGAGAAGAUGCCAGGAGGGAAUUGGUGAGGAUUGGCCUAAUAUUGCUCACAUCCCAAAUUUUCAAUAUCAUUUUUAA